AUGAGUUGCGACGUCUGCCUGCGCGGGCAUGAUGCUCAGAAGCUCCCGUUUCUUUGUCCAGUGGACGCGAGAAACCGCAUCUACAGCAGUCGCAUCAAAAACUUGCAGCUUCUUGUCGAAAAUCAAAGUCUCUGCAGUCAAAUAAACACCCUAAUAGAUGGCGCGAAGGCCGUCGAUACGGCUACAGCUGCUCAAAUUUUGGCCGAUGACGGAACCAGGCAAAUCCUGGACUCAUCGGACAGACUUCGACGAGAGAUUCGAGAGGCAAAAGAGGAAAUACGGCACAGGAAAGCUGUCAUUUCUGCCCGCCGGUCGCAGCUUGCCGCCGCUUCUCAGGGUGUCGCCGAUCGCCGCCUCAAGGACCAGCGCGACGUGGAGAAGUCGACGCAAAUGUUCAAUUUCCGCUGGUCUCAGACUGCAGAGGACAUGGCUAGCACGCGUUCCUUCUUAUGUAGGGAGGCUAUCAAGCUCUACGGUCUGAAGAGAACACGAAAAGGUAGCUCUGGCCGUUACGAAUACUUGCUCGGCAAACUUCCAGUUAUAGACCUCAGAGACAUGGAAUCUCAAGCACCAGAAGCCAUGUCUUCUUCACUUGCCCAUACAUCUCACAUUUUAAUGCUCAUCGCUCAUUAUCUCGCUGUGCGCCUACCAGCCGAAAUUACGCUGCCUCAUCGCGACUACCCGCGGCCGACCAUAUUCAAUCUUACAGGUUCAUAUAAUCAUGGGCGUGUCCAAUUUCCAGGGACGCCGGGUACUACCACAAUUCUUCAGGAGCCACAAUCAACAGACUCUGGACAUUUUCCAACACCACGACCACUGUACAUUGACAAGCCAUUGCGUCAACUCGCAAAGGAGAACUCUGCCGCCUUUUCCUUCUUUCUCGAAGGUGUCACUUUAUUAGCUUACGAUAUUGCUUGGCUUUGUUGUUCCCAAGGCGUAUCAAUAGGCGACAAGGCCUCAUUUGACGAUGUUUGUAACAUGGGCAAAAAUCUCCACAGUCUCUUUGCCAGUUCAUGUUUUCGAGGUCCGCAGCUCGCAAAUACAGCAAAGGACGAUAAUAAGCCCGUCACAAAUAAAGAAGAGGCCGCUCCGAGUUGGAUAGGUCGCUACUCCCAUGGAACAACAUUUUACGCCCUUGGCGGGGCUGAUGGCACCGAAUUGGUCAGGACUUUCAGAUUGCCCGGUCCAAUGAAGCUUGCGGAUAAGCUGAAGAAGAAAAUUUUGGGUGAGACAUCAGCGCCUGACUGGGAGCUCUUGGAUGACGACGCUUGGAAAAUAGACGAUGCUGCGGGAUUCGACCAUGCCAAAGAGGCCUCUGCUGUCGAGCCCGAAACACCAAAAACAGAGUCCAAAGGAUGGAUGAAAGUCAAAAGUAGAUAG